GAAGAGUUAUUCGACACUCCACCAAGCAGCUUGAUCGUUGAUGUGUCUGGUUUCUCUCCAGAAGCAGACUCUUUGCCUUCGACGAUAGAUCCGACUACUGAUUCAUGUUCAUCGUUCUUGUCGAGUGAUUUCUCUGAUGAUGAGUUUUCUGGAGAAGAGUGUCGAGUGCCACCGCUUGUUCGAAGGUUUUCAAAUAGUUUGAAAGUGAACGGUCAGCUUAAUGAACUUGGAUCAGCUGCAGAGAAAUGCUCUUCUGCUACGAGUCUGCCCCCACAAUACGAGGAAAUCGACGAGUUCUCUGAAUAG